AUGGCUGGACUGCGUAUCAUCUUCCGUCUGGCCGAAUACUCACAAGGCCUUGACAGCAACGUCCCUAACCAUGAGGCAUAUCAAUAUUGUCUCGACUCGCUGCCGAUGCUGGUUGCCUCUGUGCUUCUCAAUAUUGUCCAUCCCGCGCGGAUUAUGCCGGGUAAAGCGUCAGAUAUCCCGUCGCGUAAGGAGCGGAAGACGACGGGCAUGCUGUAUAAGUUUGAUCCUAUGCAACGUGAACAGAGUGUCGGGGACCGCGAGCUAGAGAGGGUGGAGACGGCGUAUAAACACGUUUCCCCUGAGCUUGGGUCCAAGACGAGGGGAUAG